GACUACCGCGUUUCAUAUCUUUCAUCUAUAAAAAGCAGAAAACGAUUAAACUUAACGUCAUUCUCUCACUGAUUCAAUUUAAUGUGAGUUUUGCUCAUAAAAUAAAGACAGCACAGACAGACUCAUAGGAUUCUUGACAUGGCUCAAACAAGAAACAAGGUAACCAUUACGGAGAAACUUUUAGCGACAAAGUCAUCCUCGUAUUCUACCAAUCUUUGGGACUGUGGCAGCACGCUCUACGAUUCAUUUGAGCUCAACUCCUUCAAUCGUCAACUCCACUCCGCCAUAGCUAAAUCCCCUUUAACUAGAACCCUUUCCAUGCCUCACUUACCGGAGCGUUCACUUCACGCGCUUCCGGUUCAGCCUCCUCCACCUUCCAUCGCCAUGCCACGGAAGUUCUUCAACUUCUCUCGCUCCUUUCAAAAACUCAUUCGCUCCGUUUUCAAGUCCAACAAUAAAACCACCACCACCACCAGUUUCAGUUUCCAUGUGCCAGAGAAAUACUCCAAAGAGCGCUUCUACGUGGUUUAUGAUAAGUCUGGACCCGUUCUCUCCACCAUCCCCGAAGUUCCAGAGUUUGAGAUCGGUGCACCCUCGCCGGAGAUCUCUUCCCUCGUCAGAAGGUCAUCUUCGGAAAGGUUAAUAACCACAAAUCGCUUUGUUUUAGAUCUUAUUUAAUUUUUUUAUUUGGCUAGGAAUUUGAUUAUUUUCAGAAUUGAUUCAACCGAAUGUCAAUGUCAGUGGUUAAGCUGUUUUUGUUAAUUAUCCUUAAUAUGUCGUCGUAUUAUACUUGUUUUAAUGUUAAUUAACCUUAAUAUGGCGUUGUAUUGUACUUGUUUUAAUGUUAAUUAACCUUAAUAUGGCGUCGUAUUGUACUUGUUUUAAUGUAUCAAUGUGGAAUUUUCUG